AUGCCCAAAGAAAAGAAAAAAUUAAAAAUCAAAAUCAAAAUCAUCACUUUUAACAAACGUUUAUCAAGUAGAUUGACUUCAUUAAAUUCAACUUUCACUUUCAAUUCUUCUUCAAAAUCUCAAUCACUCUAUCAACCUAUCCAAGCUGAACCAUCUUCAACUCUAGACUUACUCGAAAUCAAAAACCCAAUCAAUCUAGAUUUACGAACACUUAAGCCUACUGCUAAACCAGAAGUCAUCGAUCUUAUCAACAUUUCAAUCCCAAUCAACAUCCAUCCCAAAACAGAUUCUAUAAAUUUAAAUCCAUUCUGUCCAAUUUCAAAACCAUCAUCUAAAAAGAUUCUUCGUCGAAGAUUUGUUUCAUUACCACCUAAGCUUACUACGAUUUUUGAAGAUCAACUUAAAGAAAAAGAAGAAGAAGAACGUAAUACUUGUUUUGUAGAAAUCAAAAUCAUCAAUCGGUCUUCAACUUAUACUUAUCAUAGUAUUUAUGAACCAUCCAAAACACAUAAAGGAUCAUACAGACCUGGUUCAGAGUUCAUCCAACUACGUGGUACGCCUUCUAAACCUUACCCACAUCUAACUGGGGUUUUGAAUCCGCCUAAAAGAAAAUAUAAAUCAAGUCCUUUUAUGAUUAAACAUCGUUCUAGAUAUUCAUCAUGA